GCAGCCAACACAAGCCUUAGGGGUCUCUGCAGAAAAAAUGAACUACUGUCACCUGGCACUCCUUAUAUUCCUUGUACAGGUAAUUCAUGGAUUGACUGAGGAGGAAGCGCAGUGUCUGCCUGGGUUUCGGGAGCCGCGAUACACCUUCACUGUAACACGCAAGGUGCUGGAGAGAGGACGGGUCCUGGGGAAAGUGAGUUUUGAAGCCUGCUCACAAACUUCCCGAGCCCUGUAUUCCCCAGAAGACACGCGUUUCCGGGUUUUCCCAGAUGGAAAAGUGACCGUUAAGCGGCAGCUCACCCUGCACGAAUCCUACGUUAACUUUGUGCUGAAUGCAUGGGAUGCGUCGGGCGGCAAACACUCGGUGCCGGUGGCUGUUUGGUACGAGUGACACCAGCCCAGAAGACCAUCAUUAAACAUUUGGUAAAAAUGUCUAUUCCCUAAGUGGCUGCUUAAUGGACCGUUGCUGUUCCUUGGACGACUGUCUUAAGCUUUACAAAUAAAUCAUAUAAAAUAAAA